AUGCGGUGGUUUCUCUUCUGUCUCUUUGUGGCAUUGGCUGCAUGCGAGAGCCCAAAUUAUGAGCCCACCUUGAACUCCCAAAAGACAUAUGAAUAUAAAUAUGAAGGAGUGGUGAAUAUUGGCCAUGAUACAGCAAACCUGGCUGAGUCUGGAGUAAAACUACAAUGCAAUUUUAAAAUCACUGGAGUAUCAGUGCAAACGUUUCUGUUUCAGAUCUCCAAUGUCAAAUUUGAAGAGUUUAAUGGGGUCCCAGGAGAAGACUCCUUCAAAGAGUCACCUAAUCUCACGAAACUUUUGGCAGCUGUGCUCACCAAACCUUUCACUUUUGAAUACACAAAAGGACAAGUAAUCGUCAUUAAAACAGCACCUGACGUCUCCAACACUGCCGUGAAUAUAGUGCGAGGUAUUCUAAAGUUCCUGCACGUUACUGUUAAAACCACCCAGCGGAUUUACGAGCUUGAUGAGGUGGGAAUUCACGGUAUCUGCCACAGUGCUUAUGUUAUUGAAGAGAAUGAAGCAGAUAAAGAAUUACAUGUGAUCCAAAAUGUUGACAUUAAAAACUGCCAUCAAAAAGCAGAAGUAUAUCAAGGAAUGGCUCUGUCUCAAGAAAGCAAAUUCAGCAGAGAGAGAGGUGAAAAUGUGAUUACUACCGUGAAAUAUGCAUGUACAAUCAAGUCCACGGGAGAUGGUGGUCUGAUUACAAAGGCCUCAGCGCAUGAAAGGCACUAUUUCUCUCCUUUAAAUGUAAAGGGUAGCAAUUCAAAAGUGAAAGCCAUCUGGAACAUUGAGUUACUAAGACAGGCCGACAUUGUUGGCAAACCCAUAACAGGUCAGGUAAAAAGCAGAGGAAAUCUGAUGUACCAGGCAGAGAAAGAUCUUGGGCCAAUGCCAAUUUUGAUGACCAGUCUAAAUAGCCCAGCUCUUAAAGUUGCAGACCUGUUAAAACGUUUGGCUCAGGCUCACAUCUACCAAGUGAAUUCUACAGCAAGCGCUGAUGUUCUUGAGCUCAUUCAAUUGCUUCGUGUAACUAGUUAUGAAGAUCUGGAGCUCUUAUGGAAGCAGCUAUCAGGACAUGAUGAGCAUAGGAGGUGGUUCCUGGAUACGGUUGUCGAGGUGGCAGAUGGGAGGGUACUCAAAUUCCUGAAGAACAGAUUUAAAGCUGGAGACGUUUCUGCGAGUGAAGCUGGACAGGCAAUUCUUGUGGCAUUCAACCAUCUAUCUGCUGAAACUGAAUUAGUAGAAAUGGCAAAGGAGUUCUUGACUAUCCCAUUUUGUAAGUCCCAUUUGAUGCUGUGGAACAUCGUGAUCCUUUCAUACAGUUCUCUUGUAUACAGAGUCUGUGAUCGUGUGAAUCCCUGCCCAGUCCUCACAGUACAGCCCCUACUUGAUAUGGCCACUAAUGGAUUGACUAAAGGCAUUGAUGAAGACAUGGUGAUUGCUCUGAAGGCCUUGGGAAAUGCUGGACAUCCAUUAAGUCUUAAAACCAUAAUGAAGUUCCUUCCUGGAUUCUCUGUCAAAGCUGAUAGCCUCCCAACUAGGGUUCAGAGUGUGGCUGUGCAAUCCCUCCGACACCUUGCCGUCAGAGAUCCACAUAAUGUCCAGGACAUUGCUCUGGCAAUAUUUGCACAAAAGACAGCUCCUACUGAAAUCCGAAUUCAAGCUUCUUUGAUCCUCCUGGAAACAAAGCCAUCUCUAGCACUGAUCUCCACAUUGACCGAGCUUCUGCUUCAGGAAACAGACCUUCAUGUCUCAAGCUUCAUUUACUCACAACUCAGAGCUAUCGCUAGGUCACGAAUUCCUGAUGAUCGUUACUUGUCAACUGUUUGUAACAUCGCAGUGAAAAUACUUUCACAGAGGUUUGGUCGACUAAGUUAUCGAUUUAGCAAGGCACUACGUUUCGACUGGUUCAGAGAUGACCUCUUAACAGGGACAUCCAGAACGCUGUAUUUGCUGAAAAGUGGUACAAGUGCCUUCCCCACAGAAAUCCAAUCUAAUGGAAAGCUUUACUUCAUUGGAAGAGUAUUUCAACUUCUUGAUCUUGGGGUUCGUGCAGAGGGUCUCAAAGAGUUAUUAGAAGACAGACCUGGCAUUUCCAAGGAUUUUAGUGUAACUGAUUUUGCAGCAGUCAUGAAAAUUCUCUCCGACUGGCAGUCCCUACCUAAAAAUAAACCUCUCUUAUCAGUAUUUGUGAGAUUCUUUGGUCAAGAGGUCUCGUUUUUCGAUUUUAAUCACGAUGUUGUUCAAAAAAUCCUAAAGUCGAUGAGCCUUACGGCAAAUAAAGACAAUACACUGUGGGAUCUCAUUCAACAACUACAAAAAGGAAUAUCAUGGCACUGGACUAAAUCAUUCCUUAUGAUUGAAACCCGAUUUGUUCAGCCGACCUGUCUUGGCCUUCCAGUCGAAAUCAGCAAAUAUUAUUCGACAUUAGCAGCUGUUACUAUAAAUGCGAAAGCUAACAUUGACCCAGCUCCAAAAGAAAACUUAUUCGAACUGAGAAAUACAGAUAUUUUUGUGGAAACAGAUGGAUUUGCUGGAGUGGCAAUGGAUUAUUUUCUUUUCCACGGGAUCAACACUGAUCUCUUUCAAGCUGGUGUCCAGCUGAAUGGCAAGACAACUGCGUCUCUGCCUUGGAAAGCUGGCUUAAAAAAGAAUGUAAAAGAGAGAAAUUACGAGAUCACAUUUCCUCCGUGCAAUAAAACCACAGAGUUCUUCCAACUCAAAUACAACGUAUACGUGGUGUCAAGAAAUAUCGACAGUCUAUCGUUGGCUAAAAUGACUCCUCUGUUACCAGAGCACAGAGAGCAACAAAGUUUCAUCAAGAAAGACACAUAUAGUUCCAGAGAGUAUCAGGUAGAACCAGUGAAGAUACGCCAAACAAAAUUGAAGUACUGUGCAGAAUUAAGCUCUUAUGGAGCCUCACUGUGCGCUGAAUUGGAAACCAAACGGGUCCAAAACAUUAAAGACUAUCCUCUUAACUACUUCUUGGGAUACACUCAUCUUGCAUGUCAACUUGAGCCAGUCAGGUCUGCUAGAUCAGUAGAAAAGAUUAAAUUCCAGAUCAGUGCUGGGCCUCGUAAACACAUUUCACACCAAAGUCAAAUGAUGAGUGUCAGCUGGGAAAAUGUCAAGGGCGCUGAGGUCACUCCCGAUCCUGCAAUCAUCGUGAAAGCACUGGCUCUCUGUCCUAAUGUAAAGCCACAGGGUUAUGAGGCCGCUGUGUAUUACACACCAGGUUCACAAAAGGAUGACGUUGAAAUCAUUAUAUCCGAGGCUGCUGAGGAGACGAACUGGAAAAUAUGUGUUGAUGCCAAUAUUGACAAGAUUCAAACAGGAGCAAAGACCCAUUUUAAAUGGGGUGCUGAGUGUCAGUCAUAUGAAAUCGCAGUGAAAAUUUCUGCAAAAGGAGAAUCAAAGCCCACAAUGAUCGCAGAAUUGACCUGGGGAGAUGUUCCUGCGUUAAUAAGGACAUUCGGCCAAAGAGUUCAGGAGUACUUCCCAGGUGCAUCCUACGCCUGGGGGUUCAGUCAGAAACAUGAACAAAAUACUGAACGUGAAGUUUCAGCUACACUUCUGGUUCCUGCUCAAGGAGGAUUUGAUCUUGAAGUCAAAAUUCCAGAGCUAACUGUGUAUCGCCAGGGAAUCUCCUCUCCAUUUGAUGAUACAGCGAUGUGUCUUGUAUAACCAUUCUUAGACAUUUUUACUGUACAUUGCACGUCGCUGAUUACAAGCCAGACGUUCCCAUGCCAAG